AUGUCUAACUCAACUUUACAAGUCUACGGCGGUGAUGAAAUUUCAGCUGUGGUAAUAGAUCCCGGUUCCUACAGAACAAAUAUCGGUUAUUCUGGAACAGAUUGCCCUCAAUCUAUUCUACCAUCAUCUUAUGGUUUUUACAGCAAUUCAGAAGACUCUGGAUCUAAAGAGGAUGUAAGUACUACAACUACCAAAACAAAAGGGAAACGUGUGUUUGCUGAUCAAUCAAUUGGCUUACCAAGAAAAAAUUAUGAAAUCAAACAAAUUGUAGAAAACGGAAUUGUUAUUGAUUGGGAUGCAGCACAAGAGCAAUGGUCAUGGGCCUUAGAACAUGAAUUACAUCUGAAAUCAAAUAGUGGGAUACCAGCCUUCUUAACAGAACCAGUUUGGAAUUCAAGUACCGAUAGAAAAAAAUCACUUGAAAUAUUGUUAGAGUCUAUGGAGUUUGAAGCCUGCUAUCUUGCACCAACUUCAACUUGUGUUUCGUUUGCAACAGGCAGAUCUAACUGUUUAGUAGUCGAUAUUGGGCACGACACGUGCUCUGUAAGUCCCGUUUUAGAUGGUAUGACUUUAUCCAAAAGCACAAGAAGAAACUUUUUUGCUGGCAGAUAUCUCAAUCAUUUAUUAGAAGACUAUUUAAAACCCAGGGAGAUUAUUCCAUUAUUUGCAAUUGAAAAAAGAAAACCUCAAUUUAAGAAGAAAAUAUUUGACUAUAUAAUAAAUCCAUCCCUAUAUAAAUUUGCUAAUUCUCGUGGAUUUUAUCAAGAAUGUAAAGAAACUUUAUUCCAUAUCAGUUCGCAAAAACCUUUAGCAGAAAUAAAAAAUGAACUAGAAAAUAUGAGUAAAAGGUCAAUUGAAUCACCAUGGACAGAAGUAAUCGAAUUUGACAAUGUCAGUAGAUAUGGAUUUGGUGAACAAUUAUUCAUCCCUAAGAAAGUAGAUAUUCCUGAAGAUUGGCCUGCAACUAAAGACGGUGUUGUUGCAACAUUCCGUAAUGAUUAUGUUCCACUAAAGAGAACAAAACCUAGUGGUGCUAAUAAACAAGACGCUAAUACUCCUACACAAUCUGUUGAGCCGAGCGUACCAGCUGAGCCAUCUGACAAUGUAAACAACAAUGGUAAAAGGAUUAUACAGGAAAAUGGAGUUACAGACAAAGAACAUUCAGAUAAUAUUUUAGGUGUUAUAGAUUUGAUUUAUGCUUCUAUGAUGGAAAGUGAUGUUGAUAUACAUGCUUCGCUAGCUCAUAAUGUUGUUCUUACAGGAGGAUCCUCAUUAAUUCCAGGGCUAAGUGAUAGAAUAAUGUCAGAGUUAACUAGAAGACUACCUGCUUUGAAAUUUAGAAUAUUAUCUAUUGGCCAUCAAAGGGAGAGACAGUACCAUUCAUGGCUAGGUGGAAGCAUCCUUACAAGUCUUGGAACUUUUCAUCAACUAUGGGUUGGAAAAGAAGAAUACACUGAAGUUGGUGCUGAAAGAUUAUUGCAUGAUAGAUUUAGGUAA